AUGGCCCAAGGAACUCUAGUUAUAGAUCAUGUGAUGAAAAUACAGAACUUUUUUCAAGAUCUGGAGAACCUUGGGACGUCUUUUAAGCUGAAUUAUAAGACAGCUAUUAUCUUCUACUCUUUGCCUCAGGAUAUCUACGGAUCGUUUAUUGUUAAUUUUAACAUGAAUAAAAUCUCUGUCAAACUUCCUGAGCUGGGCAACAUGUUGCAAGAGGUAGAGAUUGCAUCCAAAAAGCAGAAAAUGGAGGUCUUAACCACAGAGGAGAAGCCUUCUUCUUCUAGGCCUAAAGUAAAGAAAAUAUCUAAUGACCAGCUACCCUCUGUACCCACAGAAAUUUCAGCUGACGUACCCACUGAGGAGCAACAGCCUCAAGAGCCUAGAUGGAGUGGGAGGUCUGUACGACCACCGACUCGUUUGAAUCUUCUCACAGAGGAAGAUCAAAGUGUGGAAGAAUUCCACAUGGUGUCUGAUUGUUCAGAAACUGAUCCUUAUACUUAUGUUGAGGCUCUAAAGGAUGUUGACUCAGAUAAAUGGAAGGAAGCAAUGCGCUCUGAAAUAGACUCCAUGCAUUCUAACCAUGUCUGGACUCUUGAGGCUCUGCCACAAGGGGUGAAAACCAUUGGCUAUAAAUGGAUCUUUAAGAGGAAGAGAGAGAAUAACAAGCAACACACAACACCAAAAAUUUACGUGGUUGACCCCAAGAUGGGAAGCUACAUCCACGGUCGAGCAAUAGAACGAAUUUUACUAUUCUCUGGAAAUGUUACAAAACCACUCUUACAGCCCUCUCAGAGAUAA